AUGUAUGUUGUAAACACAACCUUUACAAUUCUUAAUGAGAAGAAUAUAGCUAUGAGUGAAAAAGGUAACUAUAUCUUAGCAGUAAUUAAGGCAAGUGAAAGUUAUGACACCUUGGCUGAAAGUCUGGCUGAUAUAAUAACCAAAAUGCAAGAUCUACAGAAGAUAUCAGCUGAUGAUAAGACAUUUGAUUUUGAAUAUUUCCUUGGUGGUGACUGGAAAUUCCUGGCUUGUGUGUGUGGAAUAGGUGCUGGCAAUGCUAACCAUGCAUGUAUAGGGUGCAAGUGUGCAAAUCUAGACAGAUGCGACACUAGUAACCACUGGUCAAUUCUGGUUCCAGAACAUGGAGCACAUAUAUUAAAUGAAAUUCUAAAAAAUGCUGGAUCUAAGAAAGUUAAUUGCAAGUCUAAACCACUCUUCAUGUUUAUUCCUUUAAGUCAUGUAGUGAUUGAUACCCUUCACCUGUUCCUGAGAAUUUCAGAUAUCCUAAUUAACCUGCUGAUAAGGGAACUCAAAUUUCAUGACUCAAUUGAAAAGAGGACCAAGUUUUCUGGUGGAUUUAACAAGGGAAAAUUGAGGCAUAUGGCUCAGUGCAAGACCUAUUUGCAAGAAUUGAGCAUUCCUUUUCAUUGGUAUGUUGGCAAGGAAAGCAAACAGUUGGAGUUUAGGGAGUUAACUGGGCCCGUAAAAGUCAAGCUAUUCCAACACAUCAACAUAUCCUCAUUGUUGCCAAAUUCAGACAACCAUGAAACCACACCGAAAAUUUGGGAUGGGUUUUGGAAUAUCAUCCAGGACCAAAAACAAGAUUUUAACCAUGAAGAUGUGGAAUGCUUUAAAGGCAAGGUUACUUCUUGGCUUGAACUGUUUCUAACUGUUUAUCAAGCAAAAGAUGUUACCCCUUACAUGCAUGCACUUUAUGCACAAGUACCAGAGUUUCUUCAACUAUAUACAAACCUAGAAUACUUCAUCCAGCAAGGAAUGGAAAAAUAUGAUGUCACCUCAAAAAACUUCUUCCGAUCAAGUAAUCACAGGAGUUUCAGCACUUCAACAAAUUUUUUAUAA